AAUGCCCCGGCACCGGCAGCGAACAGGCGGGCAAGGCCGAUGUCUGCCAGGGGUGCCCCAACCAGGGCGUGUGUGCCUCGAGGGGGCCCGUUGGCCCUGACCCAGCUAUUGAGGAAAUCAAGGAGAAAAUGAAAACUGUGAAGCACAAGCUCUUGGUGUUGUCUGGGAAAGGAGGUGUAGGCAAGAGCACGUUCAGUGCUCACUUGGCACAUGGCUUAGCAGAGGAUGAAACCAAACAGGUUGCUGUCCUGGACAUUGACAUCUGUGGUCCGUCUAUCCCUAAAAUCAUGGGCCUAGAGGGGGAACAGGUUCAUCAAAGUGGUUCUGGGUGGUCUCCAGUGUACGUUGAAGAAAACUUAGGAGUUAUGUCGGUGGGAUUCUUACUCAGCAGCCCCGAUGAUGCUGUUAUUUGGAGAGGACCCAAAAAAAAUGGAAUGAUUAAACAGUUUCUUCGUGAUGUCGACUGGGGCGAGGUCGACUACCUUAUUGUAGAUACACCUCCAGGAACAUCAGAUGAGCAUUUAUCCAUAGUACAGUAUCUCAGCGCUGCUAAUAUAGAUGGGGCAGUGAUAAUCACCACCCCUCAGGAAGUUGCUCUUCAGGAUGUCCGAAAAGAGAUAAACUUCUGUCAUAAAGUGAAGCUGCCAAUCAUAGGAGUUGUUGAAAAUAUGAGUGGCUUUAUAUGCCCCAAAUGUAAGAAAGAGUCACAGAUAUUCCCCCCGACAACUGGGGGCGCAGAGGCCAUGUGCCACAGUUUAAACGUGCCUCUCCUGGGGAAAGUGCCUCUGGACCCUCAAAUAGGAAAAAGCUGUGAUACAGGACACUCAUUCUUAUCCGAGAUACCAAAUUCUCUAGCCACGUUAGCCUACAGAAAUAUCAUCCAAAGAAUCCAAGACUUCUGUAGCCACAACCAGCCAGAGGAAGAGAAAAAUAUUUGAGUAGCAAAUGUAAAUUUGGAAGAGUCUUAGGAAAGCGUUGAUCGCCUUAAUCCUGUCUGUAUAAGAAUAUAUGAAGCCUUCAUUUUGCAAACAAACAAAUAAAUUUUGAGUAAUAAGUG